UCAGACGUCGUGGGGUCCAGUUCGUGCCUGUUGAUUGCGCAUACAAUUUCUGUGUUUCUGUGUUUCCCGCCUCACUGCCGCAUGCAACUCGCAAGUACGUCUCUGUGAAAAUGCAAAUUUAACCAAAUACUCGAGUGGUCGUCGUCGGUCGGUGGAAUUGGACGCACAGCGCUACCUGGCCUCGUCAUCAUCCCUCCGAAACUCUGGGAAUCCUGGCGGGGGGCACACAGCAAACAGUGCAUCCGUUUCCGGUUCUUUCUGUUGAUUGCUGUUACCUACAUAUACUUGCAGUCGCUGGUUUUUCAUGAAUGAAAUUUAAUUUCGUGUGAGUGCGCGAGUGUUUGUGUGAGCCGCAGGUCCAGUUUGAGCCCGAACUCCAGCGGUGUCAACUGUCGGCCCAGCAAUCGCAUUGUCGUCAGUGCACCGUAAAGAUCUUUAUCGCAUUUUAAAUACAAACGUUCUGGUGCAGAAGGCAAGACCCGGUCGUCAUCGUCAGGUAGACGGAAACCAAACGUCGGGCCCGGCCAGGUUAAUGCGGUUGAUUGUUCUAUGAGCGCUGGCACCGCUCUGUUUAAGUUUCGCACGCUGAUAAAGAGGACCUCGCCCAGCCAUCGAAAUGUGGCCAAAGCUCAGCCCACUUCUCAUGCUCUCGCUGCUGUCCGCCCUGGCAGCGGCCAAUGACCUCAAGGAUCUGCUAGAGGACAGCACCACGACGACCAGCACCACCACACCAUCACUUUCCCCAUUGCCGUCGCCACCGCCAACCACGCCCACCGCCUAUGUGGUGUCCGCUGCCGCAGUUCCCGCCCUCGUCUCCGGCAGAGGAAAGUCCAAGUCCUCAUCCGGAAAGUACGUCAACAAGAGCUCUCCCAGGAAGCGCAAGGCGGAGCAGGUGUCCUCGCUGCCGCUGCCCGUGGACGAUGGACUCAUGGAGUGGAAGUGCCCCAACAUCACGGGCACGCGAAACGCGGAACUCGAGUGCGGGUGCGACCUGCCCCACACACUACGGUGCAACAUUGAUCUGCACGGGAUGCUGAUUUUGGCGGACAGGUUACGCACCUCUCCGUACUCAAUCUCAUUGCUGGACUGUUCCUUGCGCAACGUGACCUUCCUGAGCGACGCCAAGAUCUUCGAUGGAGUCUCCCUGCAUGGAUUAGUGAUCUCAUCAGGCGAGAUUAAGCGGGUGCACAAGUCCGCUUUCCUGGGAAUCCGUGGGCCUCUGCAGGCACUCGGCCUGCCCGGAAACGCCCUGAUGAGCGUGCCGUGGAACGCCUUGUCUACAUUGGGCGCCUUGGAGCGUCUGGACCUGGCCAAUAACAAGAUCAAGGCCCUGGGCACCGCCGACUUUGUGGGUUUGACCAGUCUGGUUUACCUGGAGCUGAGCAACAACCAGAUCUCGAGCAUUUCCCAGCGCACGUUUGGCAAUCUCCGAAAGCUGGAGGUGCUGAAGCUUGGCGGCAAUAGGUUGGGUGACUAUGCCCAGAGCUUGCGGUCGCUGAGCCAGUGCCUCAGUUUGCGGCAGCUGGAUCUGCAGGCCAACAACUUGAAUGGACCGCUGAGUGAGCAAACGCUCCCGGGGUUGAGAAACCUUGAAAGCUUGAAUCUCAAUCGAAAUCUGAUUAAGAGCAUCCAGAACAAGGCCUUGGCCAACUUCUCGCGGCUGGUGAGUCUCUCACUGCGCCACAACCAGAUCGAUGUCCUGCAGGAUCACGCCUUCUUCGGUUUAGGAGCCCUGGACAGCCUGGAUCUGAGCUACAACGGCAUCGUGGCCAUCUCCAGUUCCUCACUGCAGCAUCUGUCCCGUUUGACCGUACUGGAUCUCACCCACAACUUCCUGCGAGCACUGACCUCGGACUUGAUAGCACCGCUACCAUCUCUAAGGGAGUUACGGCUGGCGGGCAACGACAUCUCCAUUGUGGCCCGAAAUGCCAUGGACGGAGCUCGGGAGCUGGAGAGUCUGCAGAUGCAGGACAAUCCUCUGUCGUGCGACUGCAGCAUCCGGCCCUUCGCCGAGUGGCUGCAGGAGUCCCAGCUCCAUUCCAGCCUGAGUGCCUCCUGUGUGACGCCGCCAAGGCUGGAGGGAGCUCCCCUUCUCCAGGUUCCUGUGGAGACACUCAGCUGCGAUAUGGACAACGUGGAGAAGGAUAAUGCCAACAUCAUGCAGCACCUGGAGACACUGGCUAAACCGAAUCAAACGUCGCCCAUCAAGGAUCUCUCUGAGGAGAUUAUUUUACAUGAGCUGCACUUUUCGGCGGACUAUGGCCUGAUCCUGACCUGGCUCUUAAAUCUUAGCAAGAAGGAUUAUAUGUGCGACGCAAUCUUUGUCUACAAGGAGGAGCACAUAAAUGAGAUUCUUAUAGACAAUUCUCCGAUCCAUUGCGAGAGCAAAGUGGUCAAUGGUCAAAACACAGUCAGUGUUAUCGUGCCAGAUAGUUCUUCCUUGGAAAUAGGCGAGAGCUAUCGCUUUUGUCUGGUCAUGAUCCAGGAGAAGAAUCCCACGGCGGAACUGAACAUCGGCUGCUCCAAUAUCACCCAGCUGGAAAGGAGCAGUCCUGGUGCCAUCCCCGUAUCUCGUCAGUACCAGCGACGUCCCUACUACACCGCCGAGCUGAAACCGGAGGUGGUCCACGAAGCUGGGGAGGAUUACCAGCUGAAUCAGCGCCGCUUUAAUCCGGUGCUCGGAAGUCAGCCGCAACAAACGCAGCAAUCGAAUCUGCUGCACAGUUACACGGUCAUAGAUUCGCUGAACAAGAGUUUCUUGCCGGGAUUGGGCCUCGGAGUGCUGGUCACCUCCGUGCUGGUCCUGAUCUGGGGAGCCACGCGGAUCCGGCAGACGGGCGCCAGCAAUUGCAAUGGAGGCGGUGGCCGGAACAGCGAUAGUAUUGGCAGCAACAGCAGCAGCAUGCACAACAAUAACAACAACAGCAGACCGGGCACUCCGACGGCCACCACCUGCUACGCCGCCUCGGAUCACAUAGCCCGCCUGGCGGAUGCGGAGAAUGGGACGCGCUACCUCAAGCUGCAGGCCACGACGAGUCUGUGAGGCGGCAGAAGCAACCAGUAGCAGAAGCAGCAGGAUGUUGCUGCUGCCCACUCAAUAAACCUUGUGAUAGUACAGUGCCGACUGUACCGACUUGAGUAGUUGAUAGCGAUAUACAUACGUAGCCUUAAGGUCCACUGCACUAAUCCAAAUAGUUGGCCCACACUAACCCACUUGUGCCAUAAGCUAAUCGAUACGUAUCCCGAAACUCCUAUAUAUCAAAAGAAUAUAUACAGCUGGGGUCAAAAGAAUAGAAAAAGAUAUACCUUCCGAAAUUUAGCAAGCUCUCAAAGCCUAUGUAAAUUAAACCUAAAACACCUAGUAGAGUAAAAAAUAAUUGCAUCAUUUUUGAACUUAUUAAAUUAUCGACCACGACCAAUCUAAGACUAUAUAGUUUUGUUGUAAAAUAAUGAAUAAUUAGGGGAACCAAAUAUUCACAUUCCUGUUAUAAAUUAAAAAAUAAAAAAUUAUUCAAAUUUCAAAUUGUUCAUUUUAAUCAUCACUAAUUUAGCAAAGUAAAUCCAUCUAGGGUUUUACAAAUUAUUUUGUCUUCUAUACGCAAAUAUUUCCUGAUGUUUAUCUACUAAGUAAAUUGAUUGAAAUAAAAAGGUCUUUCAGUAAUGCGUUCUUUUGACCUAUCCUGUAACCAUUUCCCUAAAUGGAGACUUUUUCGGUCUCAUCCAGAACUAGUGUUAACUUAGUCUAUGUCCUGCCCCUUUAGAAUAAAGGCUUUAAUAAUUUAUUAACCAAUUCCAAGCACACAAUAGAAAAGAGAAACAUAACAUGAAGUAAAUAAGAGUGAAAAGAAAAAUAAAAGCCAAUUGCAAUCGAAUAAAAGUUUCUAAGGUCAGUUGGGCGAUUUUACGGGGUCUAUUUUCGGUCAGGUUACAUCCGAAAGGCCGCAUAAUGCUAAGUGGGCUAUUAACCUUACAACUAUGACGUCGCACGAACAUAUGCGUAGUGGAGCGCCG